AUGGAUCUGUACUCAAAAAUUUCGCGUCUUGUCUUCACGAAAGACGAAAAGGCUGCUCUGCGUGCGUAUUUUACCAAAAAUCCCAUUCAAGAGGAAAAGGCAGCUAUUAUUCUGCCAACUUGUGAAGAUGAUAGCGAAAAGGUUCAGUACCUGCAGAACCUCUUAAAACCAGAAGCAG